GAGCAGCCAGCAAUAGUAGCAAUAUCGGAGGCAUCAAUGGAACCAAUAAUUGUUAAAACAGAUCGUUCCGUUGGUAGUGUUAUUCUACGCGAAAAUAUGGUCGCUUCUGAGUCACAUAAAGCUCCUCGCGAUAAGGAUGGUUCAGAUAUUUCCAUGUCAAUGUCUGAUGCUCUGAAAAGCAUUUUUGGUGAAAUUGUACAAAAGUUUUCAACGAUGAAAGACGUUGCUUAA